GUCACGUGGUGUUACAGGGACGGCCAUGUUUCUGAAACACAAACAACAAGCAGAGCAGCGACGCGGAUCCAGCAUACAUUCACGGUGACAUAACGGACAUAUACACAGAAAUAGUACAAGUACCACACAUCAGAGCCAGUACCAGUACAAUUCUGUCGAAUCUACAGUCACUAAACCAGACCCAUGCUGUAGCAGAACCUGCCUGCUUAAGUGGUGAAGAGGACGGAGGGCAGAAAAAGUAGGAGUCACCCGGUUGGGUCUCCAUCGACCCAGCUAUCAUCUUGGGGCCAACAGUAGCCCACGGAGGGAGAGGAGAGAGAGAGAGCGACUUGUGUCUACAUUUGGCAGCUGAUCCAGCAGCCUGGCCACCUGGGGUUCCUGUGUGACAGGAAAAAAAAAACUGCUGUAAAACUUAAAAAAAGUCUGUUUACUGAUAAUUGGGAGUUUGAGUAGCAGGAGCUUUCAAACUGUCAAAAACCUGAUAACCAGGUACUCCUCAAGCACCUAAAAUUGGCAGCUAUUCAUUCAGUGUAUGUGUAUUUGUUUGAAAAGAUCGCAUAGUAAACACCACUCAGCCUUCUAGUCACCCAAGCCUAAACAACUGAACGAGCCAGCAGUUGCCUGGUCCAGCCCGGUCCAGUCCAGUCCAGCCUGCUCUGAUCAUCUGGACAGGAUACUUACUUCUGUGUGGACAAGAGGAAUAUGACUGCUGAGACUCUAAACUUCGGCCCAGAAUGGCUCCGUGCACUGUCCAGUGGGGGGAGUGUGACCUCUCCCCCACCUUCCCCCGCCAUGCCAAAGUACAAGCUGGCCGAAUACCGUUACGGCCGCGAAGAAAUGUUAGCACUUUAUGUAAAAGACAACAAGGUCCCAGAAGACAUGCAGGAUAAAGAGUUUGCUGCUAUUCUGCAAGAGGAACCCAUGCAGCCCCUUGCACUGGUACCACUUACUGAGGAGGAGCAGCGGAACUUCUCGAUGUCUGUGAACAGUGUGGCUGUGCUGAGGUUGAUGGGGAAAGGAGUCAGUGGUGCUGCCCCAGCCGGAGUGAUCAGAGGACGAGGGGCUACACGAGGAGGCCGAGGUCGGGGCCGGGGUGAAGGUGGAUUUUACCAAAGAAGUAUUGAAGAUGCAGAGGUAGGCUUCGGACGCAAUGUCCGAGAGAUCCAUCGUAGUCAAAGCUGGGACGACAGGGGUGAGCGGAGGUUUGAGAAACCAAUGCGAAGAGAAGGACGUCCUGGCUUUGAGGAGUCUGGCGGUCCAGGGGGUCCUGGCAGGAAGGACUAUACGAGGGCUGACAGUGAUAACUGGCGUACCCUGAGAGAAGAGCAGCAAGAGGAGGAGGAGUCAGAGCCUGGGAACAAUUGGAGACUAUCUGGUCCCCGCAGAGAUGAUGGUGGUCCUCGCUCAGCUGGCUGGCGGGACCACAGUGGUCCGGGUGAACGCCGAAGAAAGUUUGACUUUGAUUUCCGUGACUCUGAGGGCCACGGUGGUGGCCGUCGGCGUGCUGGCAGUGACGGGCUGGAAGAUGACAGGGAUGGCCUGCCUGAAUGGUGCACUGAUGAAGAGGAUGGGGGAAUGGGCACCUUUGACUCCUCUGGAGCGUUUAUGACCAUGAAGAAGGGUGGUAAGGAGACAAUCCUGGAGGAGGAGUUGGAAUUCAAGGGCAUUGAGGAGGAAGAGGAGGAAGAAGUUUCAGCUGUUGCUAAUGGGGAAAGACCUUCUGAAGGGGACAAAGAUAAAGAAAGUAAAGAUGGCAUCUCAACUCUGGGCGAGAGGGAAGGAAAGUCAGCCUCUCCCUCUUCCUCCCCACCGUCCAACAGUACACCACCUUCUCUGGACCUUCAAACUAGCAGCUCCAAUUCACUGGUCGACAACAGCCCUCUGAGCAGCCACUCUGUCAAAGCUGGUAGCUCUUACAGUGAAGAUGCUCCAGCAGGGGUUUCCAAGAGCCUUACUGUGUCCAGCAACCCUUCGUCCCUGCCCUCCCCUCCUCCUGCAUCGGCUGCUCCCCUUCUUACACCUUCUGGUGGAGGAGACACUGAGGAUGAUGAAGGGAUGAAGCACCUCCAGCAGGAGGCAGAGAAGAUGGUGGCCUCCCUGCAGGAUACGUCACUGGAAGAGGAAUGCUUCACACAGGCACUGCAACAGCAGGAGACCCGAAACACUGCAGCUGCCCUGCCACUGUCUCAUGAGUCAGCCAUGAAGUGGUUCUACAAAGACCCACAAGGAGAGAUACAGGGUCCCUUUACCACCGUGGAGAUGUGCGAGUGGUUCCAGGCGGGCUAUUUUACCAUGACCCUUUUGGUGAAGCGGGGAUGUGACGAGGGCUUCCAGCCACUAGGAGAUGUGAUCAAGAUGUGGGGCCGUGUUCCUUUUGCUCCAGGGCCCUCUCCACCUCCUCUUCUGGUGAGACAGCCGCCUCCGAGUCAGCGCCAGCAGCCCGCCAGGGUGCCCACUGCGACUGGAAACUUGGACCAGGAGCGUCUGAAGAAGCAGCAGCAGCAGGAGCUUGCAGCAGCAGCUCUCUAUCAGCAGAUGCAACAGCAGCAGCUUUUCCAGCUCAUUAACAGGUGCAGUGAGCAGGGUAUGAUGCCUUCGAUAAACAGGUCGAUAUCAGUGCCAGAUACAGGGUCCAUGUGGGACAUGCAUACCUCAGCUUCACAGCCUUCAGGCGGUGAAGCCAGUCUUUGGGACUUAACAAUGAAUUCUUCUACUCAGGGUCCAACUCUGGAACAGCUUCAGAAGCUCCAACAGGAAAGGAGAGAUGCUGAACUCAGGGCGAAGCGGGAAGAAGAGGAACAGCAACGCAAAAGGAGGGAGGAGAAGAGGAGGCAACAGGAGGAGCAGAAGAGGCGGGAGGAGGAGGAGAUUUUUAGACGCAAGCAGUGUCGCCAGCAGCAGGAACUCAUCAUGAAGCUGCUCCAGCACGCUCCUCAGCAGCAGCAGGGGCCUGGUGCUGGUGGCUCCAGCUGGAGUGGGACGUCAUCCUCUGGGCUCAGUAAGUCAGGAAAGACUCUAGCUCUACUGGAAAUGCAACAGGAAGCUGAACGGCUCCUUAAGCAGCAACGAGUGCAGCAGAGACACCCUGGCAUGUCCAUGGGAGGCUCCUCUACGAUGGGGGGACAAUGGGGGGAUGGCGUAGGCAUGUGGGGUGGUCUCGAGGGCAAGAGUAGCAGUGGAGGCUCUGGAGGUGGAAUGGGCAUGUGGGACGAGGCAGUGAAGAACCAGACUGGCAUGCGGGGAAAUGGCAACAACAACCUCGGACUGAAGAACAGCCGCAGCAGCCCCUCACUCAGUGACCAGUACUUGAUGCGACGGAAGCGGACAGAGGAAGAGGAAAAACUUCUAAAGCUACUGCAGGGCAUGAAGCCACAGGAUGGCUUCACAACCUGGUGUGAACAAAUGCUGCAUGCUCUCAACACCUCUGCCAACAACUCCUCCUCCUGCCCUGAUGUUGCCACGAUUGUAGCGUAUCUAAAGGAGGUAGAGUCACCCUAUGCAGUUUUGGACUUUAUCCGGUCCUACCUGGGGGACACUGUGGAAGCCAAAGAGUUCGCCAAACAGUUUCUUGAGAGACGUGCCAAACAGAAAGCAAACCAACAGAGACAGCAGCAGCAGCUGUCAAAGGAAGUGGCUGGACUGAACAUGACCUUCCCUCUGCAGGACUCGAUGCGAGGUAUGAACCCAAGCACCCUGCAGUCCAUGUUUCAAGCCAACCACAUGGGCAAAGCCAGUCUCUAUGAAAGCCAGAGCGGGAAGAUGAAGAAGAAACAACCUAUGAUGCUGCACUCUGACCCCAGCAUUUUAGGUUACUCAUUCCACAAUGCGGACUGUCUGAGCCUGAGUGAGAUGGAGAUGGUGGAGGAUUACUGAGGCGGCGCAGCAGCAAUAGCUACCUGAGGCCUUCUGUCUUUUAAUCAGACACACCUGAUGACGAAUGUGCACUGCUGGAGGAAACCGUGGGGGUGUGGGAGGGGGGGUUGGAACAACGAAGGGGACGAGUCUAAUGUCCUCUUCAGCUGCACCAUUUGAGCAAUGAUAGAGGGAGGGCGUGUGGGGUGGGGUUUCCUCUGGCUCUCAAACGUUUAAGCACCUUAUAUUGAACUACUGCACUUUAUUGAGAGUGGAUUUGUGUGCGCGCCUGUGUGUAUAGAUGUGUGAGAGAGUGGUUGUGUGUGUGGCAAAUCAGUGUGUGUAUGUAUCGGAGAGAAUAAAAAAGGGCGGCGACUGGUGGGGAUAGUCAGGGGGACCUUAUCAAGAGAGCGAAUCCUUUCUCUAAAGAAAAAAAGACAAACACUGUUGAUAUUCUUGUUUUUCUGCAUUAUUGUUAUUUUUUUACAUUUAUAUAAAACAGUAAAGCUACCGAAAAAUAAGUUCUAAAAAAAUAAAAAACUUGAAGAUUUGCACUUGCGUAAAAAAGCGUGAAAAAAAAGUAUAAAAAAAUGGGGUUAGAUAUAGACGCAGAUAUUUUUGUGAAUGUGUGUAUGGAUGAGUGAAUGUGUGUGUCAGAGACAUGGACGUCUGCACAAAUGUAUUUUUUUUUCUUCAUUAGUUGCUAACCAAGAUGUAAAAUACAUAAGAGGCCAUUUUGUCUUUUAUUUUUGCUAAUUUUGUUUUAUGUUAGAGCGAAUGUGUGCAUGUGCAAGAUAAAGGCAACACAUCACACCCUUUAUCUCCGCAUCGCCCCUCAUUGAAAAUAGCAUCCACCACUAUCUUGUAUUCCGUAUUGGAUGGGGCAAACCAUGAGGGACGUGUGUGUGUCAAGUUUGCAGUGUGUCUGUUGAUGACUGGUACUCAUUUGGAUGUUCUUUUAUUUUAUUUUUUAAUGUUUUUUUUUUAUUUUGUAAAAUGCACAUUUGUGCCUCAGAAUAUUGAUGUGAGGGCGUGGCCAUUGAGACAUUAACUCUUUUGACAGUGGGUGUGAUGCGUGUCUGUGCUCAGCACGGACUGAGUGGAUAUUUCUAGGGGCGGGUGGGAUCGGGUGGUCUCCUUUCUGAGAUCACGAUGCCUUGUUUUUUUUUGUGUUUUUUUUUGUGUGUGUAUGAAUGAGCUGUGCCCGAUUUCAGUCGGCAUCGGCGUGGUGCAUGAGUGUUUGUGUUACUUCAAACAAGUUUUGUUUUUCUACGAGAAAUAUAUUAGAGUAUAAACAUUCUAUAGAAAGUUUAAAAGUAUUGGGACUAAGAUGAUGAGCACUUGGGGCUGCUAAUUUUUCUUUGUUGUUUUUUGUUUCAUCGCCAUGUGAAGAAGUGUAUUCUUUCUUUCUUAAGAAAAAUAUUGAAUGUAUUCCAAAAAACAAAAUAUGACAAGAUACCUGAGCUGAAACCGGAUUUUUUUUUUCUCUGAAGAUUUCACAAAUGGAUAAAAAAAAUUUCAGUUUUGUUUUUCAAGAUUUCCACAGUUGAACACACUGCCUCUACAAUCUUGUUUAUUUUUGAUUCCGGACUGGAGCUUUUGGUUGUUUACAAACCACGAGGAUAACUGUGGCUGUGUUUUUGUUUUGUUCCCACACCAUGAGUGGGGUUGGGUUUGCAAGUGCGCUUCAGCCAUUCGGACACAGAGAGGAUUUUAUUUCGUAGAGUUGCAGGAUCCUCAAACUGGACCUUUUUUUUUUCUUAGUUUUUGUGUGGAUUCCUGAAACUUGAUGAUCAACGUGAAGAGGUGGCGGCUGUUGUGCGUUUGAUGGUGGGGGGGGGACUCUGGCGGCUCAUGAGCCUCACCUUCUCACCUAUGCACUUUGCUCAUUCAAGCUGUGAGGUACCAUGCCAGGGAUUCUGGGAGCACAACAACAACAGGAGGACUUAACAGAGGAGCGGAAAAUUCCUAAAACUAAAAAAAGAGACUGAAGAAACUUCCCUUCUCCUGUACAUAAACAUAUUUUUGUACUUUGGAACGACGUUGAUGAAGGAAGUGAUUUUAGGAGUGAAUGUUCUUUACCUUUUUGUUUUGGAUCCAUUCCCCCAAAGUUUGUCAUUCAUCCCAACCUUCUGGGACAAACGGCGGGAAAUUGGACGCCACGUGACAGAAAUGGCACUGCAGCGACUCAUAAGACUGACAGAUGAUCAAAACAAAGGACGUCGCAGCAGCUACACAAUCUGUUUGUGGGGAGGCAGCUGAGUUAUCGACCUGCUGACUGCCAGGACUCCCACUGCAGCACCUUGUCUGGACGCUGUUAUGUUUCUCUUGCUGACCUCUGAACCUGAAACUUAAUCUCUGGACAUGACUUGAGGCGGAGACAGCAGCAUUAUCAGUCUCAAAGCUUCCACAUCGGGCUGCCAGCAGGAGUCAAGGAUGGGACGACGACUGCAUCACCAACCAGCGAGACUUCCUGUGCUUUUGGAGGUGGAACCUCAAGUGAUGACAUCAUCACUGUUGUUGCCCAAAACAGUGGAACUGAUGAACUGAAAGAUUUGUACAUAAAAGGACUUUGACAUACAGAUUCCAAAGGAUACAGACACAUACACAGACACAAAUGUGCACACACACACAAAAUCCAAAGGACAUGCACACACUUGUAAAUAAUGUAAGAUUGUGUCGUUAGAUAUUCGGGUCAAAUUGCCUUAAAAACAUGAAAGUGUGGUCAUGAAUGAGGAGCCUGAGAAGAACGCUGCCUAAUUAGCGUCAGAAUUAAUAAUUCAUAUGUAAAAAAUUUGCAAGGAAUCUGUGUUUAAUUUUGGCGGUUGUUAGAGGAGUCAGAGUUUUGUCUUGGCAGGGCUCACCGCUUUUGUUUCUUUUAAGUGUGUUAUUGUAGGGGAUUGAAACAUGCAGACCUGAAGCUCAGCUGACUUGGUGAUGACCAAUGCAUUUGAUCCAUUUUCAUCCAAACUUGUUAUUUGUUUUCUUUCCCUCUGCAUUCUCUCACGGAACUUGGCACAGAAUGCGAAAAAUCAGAAAAGCCUUAAACGUAUUGCUGUGUCAUUAGUGGCUUCACGUGACGUGAAAAGCCCAUAGUUGGUGAUGGUUUAAAAUUAAAUUGCAUGUUUCGGUGCUAAGGCUGCGAUUUGUCUUGUGGGAAAUCUUGAGGUUCUUUGGAAUUUAAGGCACACUGAAACAGGUUCAUAUUGGAUGUCAUGUCAGUAUGGUCAGUUGAGAGCAGACACAUUUUCACCACUUCGAUGUCGCGGAUGCAAACAUAUGCUUGGCUGUGAUAAUCAAAAAUGAGUAAGAAAUUUGACAAAAACAUUUCGACACCACUGGGUUUUACAGUUAUUUGGUGUUAUAAAUCACACAGGGAAAUGUGUAAAAGUAUUUUUACAGAGAGUCUGAGAUUGAUCUGACUUGUCAUGCACAAAUAUUUGGGUUGCAGAGGCUGAACAAAGAAACUUUUUUUUUCUUAACAGAACAAAACUACUUUUUUUUCAGAACCUCCCUUUGCCCUGUCCAUCUUGUUGAUUAAAAUGUGUUUAUUGAUUUAAUUUUAAAUUUGGCUUUACAUUGAAAUCAUAACUGGUGUAUUUGAGUUUGAAACUGCCAUUGAAGAGACUGACAGCUGUCAGUGUUAUAUGUACAGGUAAUUCCACCUUUUUGUACUUUUAAGAAUUCAAGUUGUUUUCUCCUUUUGGAUGGACAAAAACAAGGCAUGAACGUUUUGGUGGGGCAGGUUCUUCCUCACUCUGUCAGCUUUGCUCAGGUCUUCUCCAGACAGGUGAAUUUGGUUUUGGUUGCUUCACAAAUCUUUGAAUGUUUAAAAAUUCAGAGGUGAAGAAAGUUGGGGAAAUGUGUACAUAGUUUGUUUUUUUGUUUGAAAAACAAAAUAAAUAAAUUAGUUAGCAAUGAG